AUGUUAGCAUUCAAGCGAGACGGAGGAGGAGGAGUAAGAGGAGGAGAAGGUGUUCUGAACUCGCUAAUUGAUCGGCUUCCAAUCGAGCUUCAUCUACCUCAGUUCCAGUAUUGCGGUCCUUGGACUCAUCUGCAAAAACAGCUUAGACGAGGUGAUCCUGGAAUCAAUGGCUUAGACGCUGCUUGCAAACAACACGAUAUAGCUUAUUCGAAAUCUUCAUCUAUAGCCGAUCGUCAUAGGGCUGAUGAAAUCUUGGAACAACAGGCUUGGAAUCGGUUUUGGGUGGUUUUGGAGAGUGAGGUCGAAAGACGCAAAUUUUGGUGA